CUACAAUGUCGACUACGUCGAUCUCUCGCGAGGAAGAGCGGAAACCGCUGAUGGAGGAGUUUUACCGGCAGCGACGAAUUCUGCUUGGCUGUACAAUCCUUAUCGGUGUGGCAGCCGUCAUAUGGAUUGUGGCAAUUUCCACCGAUCACUGGUUCAUCGUAACAGGUGGCCAAGGAAUCUUCAUACCGGAAACGAGACGAUACUUCAAAACGUCACACUCGGGGCUUUGGAAGAUAUGCCGCUACGGGGUCAUACCGGCCGUGAUGGCACAGUCGAACGCGACACGCAACUUCACCACGCUAUCGUUCGUGAACGAGAAUCGCAUCGCCACGAUGCGUUCGUCCAUUGCGAAGGAACCGUACAUCAAGGAGUUCCUGAAUGGCGACCUGAAAACGGAAAACCUCACCGAGGUGGACGACACCUUCCGAAGGCAUCUGUUCGCGUCCUGGAUCGUUAACGAUGCGGACCGGUUCCACGAGCUGAAGGAUCUGUUUCACGAUAUUACGGGCAAGGUGCGACAGCAGGACAAUGUCGCGGUACAAAAGCUUAAAAAUCCACCGCUAAUGAUGCUCGAUCCGACCGACCUGAACUCGGUGCGUGAAACGCUGAAGGAACCGGUAGCCGCCGUGCUGACCACGGUCACCAUCAACUCGACCGACAUCAACGUGCUGAUACCUAUCACGCUGUCCGAGGCCCUGUUCGAUGACUGGGAGCAGCGGCCGGGUGUGAUUUAUUUGCUUUGGAGCUUCGCCAAAGCGAUGAACAUCCCGCCGUACAUCGUCAGCCCAAAUGGCACCAAGUACAUCAUCCGACCGCCGUUACCACCGAAGAAAGGGCGCAUAGGGAAUGGUUACGAGUACACCUCCUUCAAAAAAUGUAAAUUCCACAAUCUUUUCCCUAGCGAUGACGAGAUUCUUCAGGAUCCCGCGAUUGAUGACGAACUGCUUGACUAUAGCCGGACCGAAGCAUCGUUUGCGUGCAUUACAGUGUUUGUAAUGGUGAUGGGGUUCAUCUUUUCGAUCUACACGUUUUUGAACCCUCGGUACAUGUUCAAACGAUUGGCCGGCGGAAUACAUUUCAUAUCAGCUGCGACCAGUAUUGUCGUCAUUCAGGUGUUGGUUGCUUCCGUUGAGUACGAGAAGGAAAACAUAUCGUACACCUUUCCGAAAGGUGCCAAAUAUAGCUAUGGCUACGGAUUCUAUCUUGCAUGGUUCGUAUUUUUGUCGAACAUCUACGCCGGUCUGAUGUUCAUGUGGUACUCGAAGAAAAGGAAAGGCAACAAAGCAGCUACGGAAGAAUUGGGAAUGGCUGACGAACCUAUCAACAUUGGACGAUAAGACUAUGGAGCGUCGCGAGGAACGUAAAUUUGCCCAUCCAUACCA